AUGUUCUCCUCGAAGCUCAACCUCAUUCUCUGCCUUUCCAUCGUCGCUGUCAGCGCCACGCCUACUCCGUACAAGCGCGACGCUGCAACCCCCGUCCUGGAGGCGCGGGCUCCUCAGUUCUCAGUUAACAUCCCGAACAACAUCCCCGUCUCUGGCGCAUUCCCCAAUGGAAUCACUAUCACGCCCCAGACCCCCUCGGGCAGUAUCGUGACCGGCAACAACAACUCGACGCUGUUCGGCCAGUUCGGCUUCAAGCGCGACGAGAUCGAAGCGCGCCAGUUCAACUUUACGCUCCCGAACCGUCUUCCGGUGCAGGGAAACCUUCCGUUCGGUCUCACGGUCACUCAGGGCGCGCUCAAUAGCACCGUCGGUCUUCCCUCGGGCUUCCCGUUCAAGCGCGAGGACGCGACGCCCGUUCUGGCUGCUCGUGAGCCUCAGUUCUCAGUCAACAUCCCGAACAACAUCCCCGUCUCUGGCGCAUUCCCCAAUGGAAUCACCAUCACGCCCGGAACCCCCAGCGGAAGCAUCGUGACGGGUAACAACAACUCGACGCUAUUCGGCCAGUUCGGCUUCAAGCGCGAGGAUGGCGUCGUCGAGGCCCGCCAGUUCAACUUCACUCUCCCGAACCGACUCCCCGUUCAGGGCAACCUGCCGUUCGGUCUCACUGUCACCCAGGGUGCUCUCAACAGCACUGUCGGUCUGCCGUCGGGCUUCCCCUUUAGGCGUGACGAGGAUGUGCUUGAGGCUCGCCAGUUCAACUUCACGCUUCCCAACCGCCUUCCUGUCCAGGGCAACCUUCCGUUCGGUCUCACGGUCACCCAGGGCGCGCUGAACAGCACCGUCGGCCUUCCUUCGGGCUUCCCGUUCAAGCGUGACGAUGCGACUCCCGUCCUCGCUGCGCGCGAGCCUCAGUUCUCCGUCAACAUCCCGAACAACAUCCCGGUCUCUGGCGCGUUCCCGAACGGUAUCACGAUCGUGCCCCAGACGCCCAGCGGCAGCAUCGUGACCAGCAACCGCAACUCGACCUUCCCUUUCUUCAACUUCAAGCGCGAUGAUUAG